UCGCCUCCAGUUUCCCUCACGAUGGCUGGGCAUCGUUGGCGUGUGGCGCCUCUCGACCAUGACCUGCCAGAGGUGAGCCCAGCCAGAAGCGCACUCAUCAUCCACCAACAAAGGGAGUAGGAGGAAGAUGGCUGUUUCCGUGGCUUGUGUGUGUCGUGUGUGUCCUUUGAUAGCAUCUGGUGGGUCAGUGGGAAGAGCUCAUGGUGCUCAAGUGGCACGAGGUCAUCUACCGCCUCACGCAGGAGGGCAUUGUGGCUGAGCCUGCAGCGGCUGUGAGGGACUUCCUACUCUUCAUGAUGCUGGUCGGUCCAUGAAUCACAAGCGCACACGUGUGGAUGCAGCAAUUGUACGUCUGUUUGCUGCCGUGAUGUGUGUGUGCAGAAGGGUGUUGAGAACGACCGCAGCUGCCGCCUGUCGGUGCCGGCCCACAUCGACGAGGUGUGGCACUCAGUGCUGGUCGAUCCGGUGCUGUACAUGUCGCUCUCGCGCAUCGUCGGCAUCGAACCCGUCAUUCCUCAGUACGCACACGCAUACAGAACACCACACAGAUCACACAGUGAAUCGGUGUGUGUGGCUCUUUCCCUCACCCUGACGCAGUGACCCGAUGGGCGAGUACGACAGCGACGAGUUGAAGAUGCGCCGCCGGCAGGCCGCCUUAGACAAGUUUGCAGAGCUCUACGGAUACCGAUACACAUACAACCACCGGUGAGUGGGAGAGGGAGAACACACUCGAUGGCGAUUGUGUGGAUGCCUGCCUGCCUGCGUGUGUGUGGUGUGUGUGUGCAGUGGUGUCGGAUAUGUGUGUGGCGCGUCGGAGUCGGCCGCUCGCAACCGUGGCGACUAUGUCUUCACACAGCCACGGUACACAUGAGAAGAGACACUCAGCGCAUGUGCGUGCGAGGGCGCCACUCAUUCUUGCAGCGAGGCCCGUGAGUACAUCCAGCUGAUCAUGAAGACAUUCGAAGGCAAGACCUUCCACCUCUGGGCCCGCCGAGAUGCCACGGUAGCGGACGUCAAGGACGGCGUGGAGCGUGUCGACGGCGCCCCGAUCGAAGAGCAACGGCUCAUCUUCGCUGGCAGGUGACUGAGUCCAGGACGAUGGGCGCGGCGCAGAAUGGUGUAUGUGAUGUGAUUUGCCUGUGUGUGCGUCCCUGCAGGCAGCUGGAGGAUGGUCGCACCUUGUCGGACUACAACGUGCAGGAUGGCGCGACGAUGCAUAUCAUCCUGCGGCUGAGGGGGUGCUAGAGGGGUUCAUUCGAACAGCUGGACAAACCACCAACCAACUAAGAGGGAGGGAGGGACGAAGGGAGAACGAGAGCAGAUAAGAUGGCGUGGGAGGGGGUGGAAGGUGGGAGGAUGAUCUGAUGCGUGUGGUGCGUGUACAUACAUACAAAACACUUGGUGGCUGGCUGGAUGGAUGGGUCAAUAGAUGGGUGGGUGGCUCUCGAUAGUUGCAUCGCAGACAGUGUUCGGGUGCUGGACAGACAGGCAGGCAGACUCUCAGG